UCACCUCAAGUGAUGUCACUUGACAUUUACACAUUUCAAACUAAGGAAAAAGUCCCAGGGUGUGUCUCUGGAGUGACAAGACGUAGAUGGGCUGACCUUUGUAGACCCUUUCUUGUUUAAGGCUUGAACGUCAAAACACUGACAGCCUCUAACACACUUAAAUCUCUUAACUGUUUUGUGGUACAGGUGAUGUGGGUGCCAAACUGAAGUGUAAGACAAAUGCCCACUGUGUUAGUAAUGCCUGUGUGUAGUAGUGUACUGUCUCCAUGUAGUAUGAGUAAAAGAUAAUUUAUCUGGCUAUGCGGAGUUUGUUUUUAUACCCUUAUUUCCCAUGAAGUGAGAACUUUAGGUAGGCCUGGACCAGGGCCGGAGUGGGACACAUUUUCAGCCCUGGAGUUUCAGACCCCAGACCGGCCCACUUAACGAAUUAUUAUUAAAAUCAUGUUAGAACUUUAUAUGUAUAGUCUACAAAAGCACACUACUCGGUAAAGCCUUGUAAUUCAGUGCAAGAAAGAGUUGCUUUACAAUGUAGGUUUAUUUGAACAUCAGUGCACAUCUCCAACAUUGUUCUUUACAACACAUUCUCUAACAAUAUAACAAUCUACCUUCUGUUCAAACUGCUGUUCUGAGAUUUUCAAACCUUUAAAAUGAAAUGACUCAGCACUCCCUUUCACACUUUUUCCAGUUUCCCUAGACUCACCUGCACACAAUUAAAAUAAUCAUCUGUAAAGCUUUAACACAUUUGAUAUGGAAAACACAUUUUUUGUAACCAAUUAAAAUAUUUUCUAUGGCAAAAUAUGCAGGCUUAUUUCAUUUUACUUUCAUUCUAAUAGCGAUCUGUUGUGGGCUUUGUGCAUUUACUAAUAAAAAUACAACAGGUCACUACUAUUAUUUGGACAUUAAAAUUAUUAUAAUGAAACUGAUGUUUGCACAUGAGUUGGCUCACCUUCUAUCCCAACAGGAGCAAUACCCUCACUGCUGGCUCCUGGCUCUUCUUCUGACACUACAUUGUGUGAAAAUGGUCACAAUUCAGCAUUAAUUUUCCUUUUUUACAUGCUUUCUGAUCAAUGCUGAAUCAUCUAGCAUUUUAGGACACUUUCAUAUAGAGCCAGGCUACACAAAUAGCCUUCAUCAUAUUAAUUUUAAUAAUAUUCAGUUCACUGACUCAGUAAGUAAUCCUACCUGUACAUGUCCGCUCUGGAACGGUGAGUUUCUGCCUGGUGCUUAUUAGGCCUACUGGAUCUUGUGUUUGACCCUGAGGGGCUACAAGACAGUUUGGUGGCUUCAGUCACAUCAUACUGUUAACUAUAUUACAUAACGUUAUGUCAUGACGCCAUAUAAUUCAUUAUUGAUGCUUAAUUAACUUGAAUGGUGAUUUGCAGCCGGUAAAGUUUAACAUCUUGACUUGCCUUACCCGUUUUAUCUUCAUUUGAAGUUAAAGACCGCAAGCUUGUUUGAGAAAAAAAGGUGCUCAUUUUUGCACAUUUAGCUGCAUCUGUUUCCAGCGCUUUCCUCUUUUUAAUUCUUGCCUUCUCCGCGCCACCCUUGCUCUCUCUACUUUCCAUCUUUCCGUCAACUGCGUGGUCACGUGGUGCGCACAGGCGCAUACGGGGGAAAAAGAAAAAAAAAAACGAGCUGCAGCCUGCAGGUAGAGACAGCCGGGAGGAGCGUAUGAGAUCAGCCCGGCGGCCUCAGUGCCAUGACUGAACACCGGCACCAAAAAAUAAAAAUAAAAUGAUAAAAAACAAAAACGAGAGCACCGGCCCAUGCGGCCCAAACAUCGCGCGGCCCACCGGGAAUUCUCCAGACCCUCCCGAUUAGCCACUCCGGGCCUGGCCUGGACUAUAUAGAAAAUAGUAUAUCAAUACUUUUUUCCCAUAUUGAUCGAUAUAUAAAAUUAUUGAAAAUAAUUUUUUUUAAUUAUAGAAUAUAUAUUUACGUGCAUCCCUGGCCAUAUUAUUUUUGGUAUUUUUACUUUUUCUCCGCCUCUUCCCGCUGCAACAUCUUGCUGCCUCGUGCUCUGUUUUGGUUUUAGAGGGGAGGGCCUGGUGACAUAGCGUGCCCUAAUCUGGUUUUGAUUGGUUAGGAGUAAGUAGUGAGUCUAGUUUGCUGCUACCUGAUAGGUUAUGAUUAAACAAAAGGAAACUUUUUUUUUUAUCAAAGUUUUAUCAACCCAUUUUUUUCCUGUCGCACCACAUGUCUGUCGAUAGACAUAUUGAACUAUUGAAUUGCCGUCCAGCCCAGCUUUUAAAGAGCAAGUCAACCCCUACAAGAAAUUCACUCCACUCCCACUUCAUGUUUGAAAAAUGCAACAAAUUAUGUUGCCUGGCAGACCGAGAGGGCGGAGCCACUAACAAAUACACACAAACAGGCUCACAACGGCAUUGUGACAUAAUGUACCGGGCCGGCUAUUGCCACAGUGUACCUCUUAGCCAAUAGCGGUGGCAAAUUUAAAUUCAAAUGUAGUGCAGAGUUUUUACCUGACGAUGGCGCAGCACUGACAGUUUUAGGCAGAAUAUUAAAAUUUUAACAAAGAUGCACUAAAGUGCCAAAUUGUUGACUACACGUGUCUAUUGCACGAUUAGACACUCAUUUAUAUUUUAUCAGCAAAAAAAGUUAAUUUGGGGGUGACUUGCGCUUUAAGUGUUACAGAGAAGUGUGAUAUCAGUAGUAGAAUGUUCUUUUUGGAUUACGGCAACAAUCUGUUGUUGGGAUUCUUUCCAGUAUUUAUUUAAACUAUCUUGAGUUCAGUUUGAAAUUCUGAACCAAACUGUUAUUGUGAAAAAACCUGAGUCAUCCCAACACCUGCUUUGUUUCUUUAACUAAUGCAGAUAGAGGUGUAACUUGACUGUGCAUGUUUGCAUUCUGUUUUAAACCUUGGCACCAAUACUGAAGGAGAAACCUGUUCGACAUCCAAACGAUGAUAGGGCACAUUGUUCUCACAGAUAUUACCCUAUUAUCCUGGUGAUUUCUUUGCCCUUUAUCAAAUUAUCUUAACUGCCGAGUCAUGGGAAUGUUUUUAAGGUUACAUAAUAACUUUCUAUUAUUAUUGUAUAACUAUUGAUAACAAAUUCAACAUAAAGCAACCUUGUUUUCUGUCAUUUUUAUGUUUCCUGUCAGCGACUUAGUGAUCCAGCAGGCACAGUGGAAUCAUUAUUCUUCAUAUUCCCAAAAGGAAAAGAAAAAAGAAAAAAACUGUUGAAUUCCUGUUAAUAAGUCAUCUUAAUACUUUUAUUGGUCCCCCUACUCUCACAACAGAGUCAGUGUAUGAGCUUCUUCCCAGAGAGCUGCAGGCCUUCACUCCAUCAGAGUCCAGAAGUCAUGAGUCAAAAGAGUGAUGGAGAGGCAGGGCCUCUCCCCUCAGCUCUUCUAGCAUCAGAUGCCAUGUCCACUUCUCUGACCAAGGAAGGGCCUCGCAGUGCUUUUUCCACUUCUACCAGCACUAGCAUGCAUUCCAGCACUUUACCCAGUGACCAGAACCCAUUUGACAACAGAAAUGUUGAUCCAGAGGACAUCAGGAGCAGCAGAGUUGUACCAGAGAUGGCUGGAGCGGACGGUGGGAAUGGGAAAAGCAGCAACAGUGGAAAUGGCAAAGGCAGCGGAGAGGUUGGAGGUGGAAGGGUUGCUACAUCCCUGGACAGCCAACUGCAUCAUCAGCUGACCCCAUCCAAGCGCCACACCAUUCUGAAUAUCUCCCCGCCUCCACAUGACCUGUUUGAUGACAGCCACAUGUCCUGCCAAGAUCCGGCGCCCCAGGACUUAGAGCAAAGCAACAGCAUCUGGAUGGAAGACUCUGUGUCCAACUUCAGCAAUAUGAGCACUUCCUCUUACAACGACAACACAGAGGUGCCACGAAAGUCCCGCAAGCGUACCCCUCGCCAAAGACCGGGCCCUAAGUCUGUGUCUUCUGCAAAGACCAACAUGGACGUGUUUGAUGCAGACAGCGCCAAAGGUCCACACUUUGUUCUGUCACAACUCGGCCCCGACAGCAAAGCUGGAAUGAAAGGAAGCUCUGAUGAUACUAAGACAACUAAUCAGAAAAGAGGAACCCUUUCAAUGCACUUCCCACCGAAAUGUGAGGGGAAGGAGCUUAAAAUCCUCAUCCAGCCCGAGACCCAGCACCGUGCUCGCUACUUAACUGAAGGUAGCAGGGGAUCUGUAAAGGAUCGCACCCAGCAGGGCUUUCCUACUAUAAAGCUGGAAGGCGUAAACGAGCACGUGGUCUUGCAGGUGUUUGUGGGCAACGAUGCUGGACGUGUGAAGCCUCAUGGAUUUUAUCAAGCUUGCAGAGUAACUGGUCGCAACACCACAGCCUGCAAGGAGGUUAACAUUGACGGCACAACUGUCAUCGAGGUCCCCCUUGAGCCAAGCACCAACAUGACACUAUCGGUUGACUGCGUUGGGAUCUUGAAGCUUCGUAACGCUGACGUUGAGGCUCGCAUUGGUGUGGCGGGGUCAAAGAAGAAAAGCACGCGUGCUCGACUGGUGUUUCGAGUCAACAUUCCUCGUUCAGAUGGAUCAGUGCUCACACUACAGACUCCCUCUUCUCCAAUUUUGUGUACUCAGCCUGCAGGACUGCCUGAGAUACUGAAGAAGUCACUACACAGUUGCACAGUGAGAGGUGGAGAAGAAGUCUUUAUCAUUGGCAAGAACUUUUUGAAAGACACUAAAGUCGUAUUCCAAGAAAACAUCUCUGACGAGCAGUCGUGGAAGGCAGAGGCUGAAAUUGACAUGGAGUUGUUUCACCAGAAUCACCUGAUAGUGAAAGUACCCCCAUAUCAGAAACAAGCUAUCAGCGGUCCGGUGUGUGUGGGUGUCUAUGUGGUGACAAAUGCUGGGCGGUCCCAUGAUGUUCAGCCAUUUACAUACACUCCAGAUGCAGACACUCAUGCAGUGAAAAAGGAUGUUCCAGUGAAACAGGAGGUGCCCUCUCCAGUGAAGAAUUGUACUUUUGAUGACAUUAAAGUUGUAGACAGUGCCUUGAUGCCUUCCAUGUUGCCUUUAGUGAAGAGGGAAGAAAUCACUCCAAUGGAGGUGACAAGCAACCUUCAGUCCUCUGGAGUGUUUGAGCAGAAUGGUGGCCUCUGUUCAGCCCAGGAAAACUCUGAUUUAACAUCAGCAAAUUUAAAUGAAGACCUAGUGUUCAACAAUAUCCUGUCCCAGCCUGCAGGUGAUGCUGAUGAAGCCCAGGUUCCCACCUUUGCCAACGCUGAGCCUUUAACCACCAUCCAGAAGCAGGACAUUGCUGUUAGCAGCUCUUACUCCUUGCCUUCAGAGUCACUGCUCCCCCAGGGCCCACAGCAGUUCCUUCUAGAGCCCAGAGAAGGUCUCAUGCGGGAGAGGUCAGGUAGCAACUCAGCACGGCUGUGUGCAGAACCUGCCCCCCAAGAGCAGCAGAUGCCGCUGUUCCCUCCAGAUGAAGUAGCUCAGCUGGAGGAGGCUGUGAGACAACUUAAAGCUAAAGGACUCUGUGGCCUAACGCUGCAGUCUGACAACUCUAUAACCAAGCAGCAGCAGCAACAGCACAUCCAGCACCAACAGCAGAUCCAAAAUCAGCAAAUUCAGCAACAUUCAGUUUUAGAGAAUUUGCAGCUUUUCCAGUCUCAGAUCCAGAUGCAGUGUGGCAUGUUUCAGGAUGCAUCCCAGGCUAAAAGCUCAGAGCAUCAAAGUUCACCUCAAGGAGUGGUGACAAACCAGGCAUCACUUUUUCCAUCAGAGCAGCCAUCACCACAAAAUCAGCAACAGCAACAAGCAGCUCUUUUCCAGCAGGCAAACGAUCUUUGUUCUAUGCAGACUGGAUUCCUGCAGCAGACCCCCACGCCAGCUCCCAUGUUCCACAAUCCCAGCCCUUUGUCUGAGACACAAAAUCCACAGGGGGCUCUGUUCCAGAAAGCGACCCAAGAACAGGUCCAGGCUGCUAUUUUCCAAAACACCAUGACUGUACUACAGUCUCCAGAGCAACAACCCUCAAACCCAGGACUUUAUCUGCCCCCAGCUUCUCUUCCAACUCAACUUUCAGGUGGUAAUUCUCAACAGCAGCAGCAGCAACAGCUGGCCUUUCUAAAUGCUCUGCAGUCUUCUUCCCCUGAGCCACAAUCGGUGUUUCAGACUGAUUGUGGUGCUGCAAAUGUUAGCAAUCUACAAAUGGGGGCCCAGAUGUCCCCCAUCCAACAAGGAAGCCCCAUGGAACAGCAACAGCCCCUCCAGCCUCCACCACAACCAGCCCAGCAGACAUCCCUUUUCCAGACCAUGUCCCCACAUUCAUCUCCAAACACGCUCCCUCCAGGCCAACAGCAGCAACCUGGACUAAUGUUUUGCACCAAUAGUUUGUCCACACCACCCCAGGCCUCCAACCUCCUGUUCCCCAGUCAAGGCCAAAUGCCUCCUAUGACGAGCAGCAGUUUAGUUUCACAGGAGUCUCAGAACCCCUCCCUACUCUUCUCCCAAGCCAGCAUGGUCACAGUAGACCAGCAGAACCGCCCUGAGCCCAUGGCCUUAGGGAACCCUGCUGAUCCACAGCAGCAGGUCAUGUUUCAGGAGCAACAGCCAAUGAUGUUGGUUAGCGGCGCUAACAAUGGACAAGAAGAGUCUGUUGGCCUCUUCAUACCUCAGUCCAAUAUGGCCUCUCUGCAGGGGGAACUGGCCGCUCAGGAGCUUGCACAGUCAGCCAUGUUUGCCUCACAGAAUAGUGUAGCCAACCUCCAGACAACCACCACCUCCCCUGUCCAACAACCAGGAAGUCUGUUUCAGCACACUGUUAAUGGAAACAUCAGUCAGCCCAGCCAGCCUCGGCAGCCAGGCCUCUUCCUUUUUGGGAUUCAGAAUGAAUGUGGCCAGAUGAUGAAUGCUCCGGGAAACACUGUUUCAGAUCAGAUAAUAGCUAUUAGUCAGUCUGAUCAGCGGGAGAGUGAGGCACGCAUCCAGACCCUGCUCAACCAGUCCAUGAAUCAGACCGGGACGGUGCAGAGCAACAUGUCUGCCCCUCAGAACAUGGACAAGAUGGAUGACCUGCUGGUCAGCUUCCAGGAGUCUGGCAGCAACUUAACACGUUCAUACUGAAGAAAUAUGAAAUAAUUGUCCUCACAGAGGUCCAAAGGUUAUCUGUAAAUUUUACAAGUGACUUAAUUUUGCAUCAUGCACUCAUAAUUGGUCACUUAAGGGUUUUUUUCUUUUUCAAAGUUGUCCUUGUAUUUAAACAGAACCGUGAAGCAGAUCAUAACAUUUAAACCACCAGUUUACAUAUAAAUACCAAUGAGGGUAGUUUUCUAAAUGUAGAUAAGUAAAGCAGGAAUUCUGCAGCUUGACCAUGGAAGAAGCGGACAUCUCUUGGUUAUACUUGAUGUACUCCAUUAGUAAAACUCUGGUGAGAAUGGUGACUCCGGGUGAGUCUUAAGCAGAGAAAUGGAAUCCAGCCUUUUUUAUUUAUCUUCCCCUCCUGAAAGACUACUAACUUUCCAGGCCUGCUGUUUCAAUAACUUCAUUUAAAACUGUAAAUAGUUUGUUUAUGAUGCUCCAUUAAGUAUCUUCUAUUUUAAUGUUUUCUUUAGUGUCCUGCAAAGAGAUUAGUUGUUUUUAUAAUCAGUGCUCUGUGACUUCUUUGUUUGUUAGAAAGAUGGGACCAUAGCAGAUAAAUUUAGAUAUUGUACUUUUAGUGAAGACAGUUACUUUUGACAGAAAGUUUAUUAAAAAAACCUAGAGGUGCAGAAUUUUAGAAUUGCUUUUAAAAUGAACAUAAAGUGAGUUAUUUCCUUAUUUGAGAUGCCGACUUGAAGCUGAAAACCAUUUUUAUACAUUAUUAUUUUAAAAGAAACACUUUGAUUUAUUUUAUGACUAUGCAUAGGAGCUCAAUACAUGAUUUUACAAAGGUUUUGUUGCACACAUUGCUUCCUACAAGCAAUCAUGCAACUAGUAAUUCAAAAACACAUUACAUCUGAUUAAAUCAAAAAUACACAUUAUACUCAUAUAGUCCUUUUUUCUUUUACUUUUUUUAAACUCCCAGUGUAGUAGUACAUGCACUCAGAAUAGAUUAUCAUCAGUCUGUUCUGUUUUUUAUUUUUAAUUUUUGGAUUAAAUAAGUAGCAGAUUUAUUGUUGCCUUCAUGUCAGCCACGCUAAAAUUAGGGUAGUGUUCUUAAAUCAACUAGGAAGGAGGCUGCUCACUUGAUUUGUAAUUUUAAUGAAUUUAGUGACCGCUAAUGAGAGGAAGUAUUUUAUCUGGAUUAUUUUAACAAGCAGAAAUAGAGCUCAUUAUGCAUAUUUUCCUAGACCAAAGAUGAUCUCGACUCUUUGAAUUGAUCCCAGUUUGAUGCCAAUCCUUUGGCUUCUGGUUUGACUGUAUUGAAAAAAUGCAGAUGUAGUUCUGGAUUGUGACCCUUUGCACACUUUUAUUUCUGUGUCCCAAGCCCCAGCAAAACAAAAUAAGGUGUAGUUUUAUCUGUGAAUGCACAAACAAGGGUCUGAUUUCUCAUGCUGAUAGAAAUGAGCUCUUUUUAUAUGUCCUGAUGUUGCUUUGUUCCCUAAUGUACAUAGAAAUAUAAAUUCAUUAACACCGUUACAUUUUAUACUCACUUUAAAAUGCAAAUGAGCCGCUGCUUUGUGGUGGUGACGCAAACUUGACUAAUGUGAUUUGUGGAAAAAUGAACGCGGCAGGAGCAGUUUGAAUGUUUUUUGUUUGUUAAAGGGACCUACUCCUGAAGGAACCAUGACUUGAUAAGAGAGAGAAGAGCAUUUUGAGGCAGGCUUUGUCAACUUGUGAAAUAGAAGAAUGAAUGUUUCCAUGUAGAAUAUUUAAGAUGUAUUUGCUUUUUGUUUGUAGAAAGACUUUUAUUAUAAAUAUGUAUAUUUCUUUUUUAUUGGUGUAGUGUCUAUGCUUCUUUUAAGAGGAAUAUAUCUAAUUUAUUUCCACGUUGCUUGAUCUCAAAGUUGUUUCCUUCUGUAACUGUUCUGGUGACGAUAAUGUGAGCUGCCCCGUCGUAUGCCGAUCCCUUAACCCGUUCCACCUCAGAGACCCCCACACUUGGACCAGGCUUUUGUCUGAGUGGCACAUUCAGCCUGGUCCUCUCAUGACUAAAACCAGUGUCACAUUACUGAACUUUUGUUUUUGUUAAAUCCAGUUGCAGCUCAGACUUUUUAGAAACGGUUGAGUGACUAGUGUUUGUUCGUAAUGUAGAUUUGCUCUUUAAUUAUUUUUUUCAAGAAAUAGAAGAAGAUUGGUACGGAUUGUAAUUCUCCGAAAUUCCCAUCCUUUGAGGCUAAACUUGUUCAAGUUGGGCUCACUAUUUUGCAGCUGUUACUAAAAUUGGGACUGUGUCUCAGGUGGAGAAUAAAGGGUUAAAGGUGGUGUCUGUAUGCGAUUAUGAAAAGAGUGAAACUCUUUGAAUGACAUACAAAAUACUGUGCACGGUUACAUCUGUAGCUAAAUAUAUAUAAAUAUAUAACAUCUGAAUGUAUGCAUAACCUGAAUGUCUUUUUGUGACCAAACAACUUUUGUCAUCGCAGCAAAGUGACGCCACGCUGUCUCACCAAGUAAUGUCAGUAUUCAGUAUGAAUGUACUGCUCAGUUUGUGAAAAAAUAAAAAACAAUGGGUGGGAAAAUCUCCCUUACAUCCAGAAUGUUGCAGCUGCACGUUCUGAGGAGGUAGUUACAUUUUUGGAAUUACAGUUUCCUCAUUUGUGUCUUUUGCAAGUGGAAGUAGAGAUCUGAAAUGCGCGGCUGAUUUUACAGUCGUUAACUAUAUGGAAAAGAGGGAGAUUUUUGUCAAAGUUCUCAUCAUUUCUAUCUGUCUUAUUUGCUGUUGAAGUAGAUGUGAGUUUUCUGUAGACGUUCAACAUUUUAAACUAAAACCAGCAAAAUGAGUCACAGCUAUUGGAAGCGAUUGCACACUGAACCAGAAGUGAUGUUAUUUUAGCAGCCAGAUUAAUGAUGGAACCAUUGUUGGAAAAUCUUCAAGUUCUCAAUUUACCUUUUAAGCCAUAACACAGAAAGUGUUCAACAAUGGUUGACGGAUAAAUGUGGUUGUUUUUGAUAAAUUUGUUGGGCAAUUUCUGACAUCUGGUCUCUACUUCAAUAUUCACAUGGCAUUUAUGUUUGUGAACAUAUAUAUGCAGACAGAUUUCUCUUCAAACUGCUGUGCAGCAAAUGUAUAUCUUUUUAAAUUUGUAUUUUUUCUAUAUUUAUCCCUUUAUGUUUUAACUACAAAGAAAAUCUUAAAACAAUCUUUCUAUUAACCUAUUCAUGUCUUGGAAACAUAUUUCCCCAGCUACGAUCAAAGUUUCUUUGUUGUCUUAUUUCCCAUCUUGCAAUAGGAUUUAUUUAAGAGUGUGCGACAGUUAAUGUUUACUAGAGGAGUGGUUCCAACAUCUGAUUGAUUGAUCUCUUAAAUUGUCAACUCACAUAUUUUUUUAAACAUUCAAAUCAGUAAAAUCAAUGCACACUAGAUUAUGUGUUUUAGGAAUUAUGGAUUACAUACAUUUUCUGAAUAUUUGUUUUUGUAAUGUUUGGAUGCUUGAACUCAAGACCUUAUAAAAAGUCAUCAAAUCAGUUCUAAUCACUCUUCUGGUCAACAGCUAUUGGGGGAAAAUUGGGAUUUUCUUAUUAAAUAUCUACGCAACUCUCAAAGCAGUCAUCCACCAUGAGAGAAAGUUCUAUAAAUAUUUGUAUUUUAUGUAGUUACUUUUUAUUUUCUUGCAAUGUUUUUGUAAACCUGUUGCGAUUUAUGAAUAAACUAAUAUACCUGAAA